GGCUGUGGCCAACACUGGGGCGCUUUGUCCUCUAUCGGAACUUCUGACAUAACAGAUCACACCGAGGAGGCAAGGAGUCAAGGACCGAGGACUGCUCAUAGAAGCAGCUGCCUCUCACUCAUAGCCACAUCCGCUACCUCGACGGCGGUCCUUCCUCCUGACCUCCUCCUCCAAGUCCCUAGAGGCUAGAGGUUCUGGAUUAGUUUGAACGGCUGAGGAACAACAUAAAGUGCUAAGUGUCUAUUCUAAAUACUAAAAGCAAAAAUGGAGGAUAAUCUACCAGUCAAUGUCCGGGAGUAUCAAGAACUCGCCAAGAAAGCACUACCAAAGAUGCACUAUGAUUAUAUCAAUGGGGGAGCGGAGGAUGAGUACACACUGAGGGAGAAUAUUGCAGCAUAUGGAAGAAUUCUGUUACGGCCAAGGGUUCUUAUAGAUGUCAGCAAGAUAGACAUGUCUACAACUUUGUUAGGAUAUAAUAUGUCAUCGCCAAUAAUUGUCGCUCCAACAGGAGCACACAAAUUAGCAAAUCCAGAGGGGGAGGUGGCCACAGCGCGAGCAGCAGCAGCGUGUAAGACCGUAAUGGUUCUUUCCUUUUCAUCCAGCUGCAAAAUCGAGGAGGUCGCCUCCAGUUGCGACGCCAUUCGCUUUUAUCAAUUAUAUGUGUACAAGAGAAGGGAUGUUUCAGCAACAUUGGUGCGACGGGCUGAAAGUUUAGGAUUUAAGGCAAUUGUUCUGACAGUUGACACGCCUGUGCUUGGUAGGCGUGAAGCUGAUAUCAGAAACAAGAUGGUUGCUCCACGGAUGCCAAACCUUGAAGGCCUGAUGUCAUUCGAUGAUGAUCUUGACAGUGAAGGCGGCUCCAAGCUGGAAAGAUUCGCGCAUGAGACGCUGGAUCCAUCCUUGUCAUGGAAGGACGUGGAGUGGCUCAAGUCCAUAACCAGCCUGCCGAUCCUGCUCAAGGGCAUCGUCACCGCCGAGGACGCCAGGAAGGCCGUGGAGGUUGGGGCGGCCGGCGUGAUCGUGUCCAACCACGGCGCCCGGCAGCUGGACUACGCGCCGCCCACCAUCUCCGUGCUCGAAGAGGUCGUUAAGGCGGUGGCGGGGGCCGUGCCGGUGCUGGUGGACGGCGGGGUCCGGCGGGGCACCGACGUGUUCAAGGCGCUGGCGCUGGGCGCCACGGCAGUCAUGGUGGGGAGGCCGGUGUUCUACGGGCUGGCGGCGCGCGGGGAGGCCGGGGCAAGGCACGUGAUCGAGAUGCUCAACCGGGAGCUGGAGCUGGCCAUGGCGCUCUGCGGCUGCCGGAGCGUCGCCGAGGUCACCAGGCGGCACGUCCUGACGGAGGGCGACCGGAUCAGGGCCCUGCUGUGAGCCUGCCUUUGACCCAUCCAGUCAGGGACGGUUGCGAUGUGAGCGCAUGCAUGUGACAUUGAUUGAUCGCUCCAAAAAUUUAAGCCAUUGUGCAUUGAAGGUUGGCAGAAUCUGUGCUGGAUCAAGCUCUCUGUUCUGCUUCUGUGAGAACUUGGUCAUUGUAUCUUGGGAUCCACCUCUGGAAUAACAUGAGAACAUCGUGAGGCAAAUAAGCAACUUUCAAACACCAAAUUCUGAUGACAAGUAACUCCAUUCAGCUCA